AUGCAGCGUCGCAGCUUGAGUUUACGUUAUGUUAUUCUACUACUCUUUUGUUUGCUUAUCCUCUUGAUUCUAAGACGCCGCUCAUCUAAUGAAUUAAGCGAUAGACUCGAGGGCUUCAAUUCGUCUGUGUUGGGAGAACUUGAACUCGAACUCGAAGAGAAGCUCAAUCUUGAUCACAAACCGAAACUUGCAAAGAAACCCAAAUGCAGUAACUAUGUUGACUAUUCCUCCAAUAGACACCCUCCAUACUCAAGUGGGGAUAGGAAGUAUCCAUUUAUGAGGCCACGUAAGGAAUGCAGAACUUUCGAAUCUGAUGCACUUGAAAUAUUGAUCAGCGACCUCAAGAGCAAGAUUUCAGAUCCAGAUCUUGCCCGAUUGUUAGAAAAUACUUUGCCAAAUACGUUGGACACCACAAUUUUGUGGCACCAACCUACCAGUAUGAAACAUCCCAAAAGGUCCCCAGAGACCUUUGUAGUGACUGGUGAUAUCCACGCAGAGUGGCUCAGAGACUCAGCAAGACAGCUUUCGGUCUUUCAACCCUUAGUUCGGUACGAUCAUAAACUAAAAGACCUCAUCAAGGGAGCUAUAAAUACUCAAGCUGGAUAUUUGAGGGUAGCCCCGUAUUGUAACGCAUUCCACCCACCUCAAGGAUCUCAUGUUAUUCGUGCACCUUCUUCUGUUGAUAAUGUUUAUCCGCAGCCUAAUUGGCACCAGGUCUUUGAGUGCAAGUAUGAAAUCGAUUCGUUGGCAUCGUUUUUAACAUUGACAAAUGACUACCUCGAAAAUUCUGAUUAUGACCUCUCUAUCAUCACCAAGGCUUGGUUGAAAGCAUUUGAAAGAAUUUUGAUUGUGUUACAACGUGAGUCUCUGCCUCUGUUUGAUCCUGAUACCGGGUAUGCCUUGCCCGCUUUUUACUCAUUCAAACGGAAGACAGACAUUGGUUCAGAAACUCUACCAUUGGGCGGAGUAGGAAACCCUGUGAAUUUCAACACUGGCCUCAUUCGCUCUGCUUUCAGACCAUCUGAUGAUGCCUCUAUUCUUCAAUUUUUCGUGCCAGGCAAUGCUCACAUUCUUUCCGAGCUCAAAAGAACCCGAGUCAAUUUGUUUCUGAGAAAGGCUGACAUCGCUGCAGAUUUUGACCAUCUCAUUGAGCUUUCUGAGGAAUUUAUCCACGGGAUAGAGAAAGGCUUGAAUGAAUAUGCCAUAAUUGACCAUCCGCGCUGGGGAAGAGUUUAUGCUUAUGAAGUGGAUGGAUAUGGAGGGACCGUCUUCAUGGAUGAUGCGAACAUUCCCUCGCUUCUCUCGCUCCCAGAGAUGGGCAUUGUGGAUGUCCAUGACGAGGUCUACCAAAAUACUAGAAAAAUGAUUCUAUCGAAGGAUGGAAAUCCCUAUUUUUUGAAGGGUCCUUAUUUUGAAGGAAUCGGGGGUCCACAUAUCGGCAUCAAAUAUGCCUGGCCAAUGUCCCUCUUGAUGCGAAUUCGUACAUCUGACAACGACGAAGAAAUAAUUGAAAAUUUGAAUCGUGUCAUGGAUACGACCGCUGAUUUGGGAUUAAUUCACGAGAGCGUCAAUGUCAAUGUUCCUCAUGGAAAAGACUAUACUAGACCAUGGUUUGCGUGGUGUAAUUCAGAGUUUGGCAAGACAAUACUUCAUUUAGCGAAGCACAAACCCCAUUUGAUAUUCAAAAAGGAAUUCGCAAAAGAGCCUUACAAUAUUCAUAAAGUAUUCGAAGAUCGCAAGACUUCGUGA